GCGUCGUGCUGGUCUGUGCUGGUCUACGCGGAGCUGAUCUACAAUGCCGCGAUGACGCAGGAGUCCAAACAGGAAGUCUAAACGGAGCACGCUUCAUUUUUUUUCUGCCCCCACAUGAUCGCACGUUACAGCUGCUACUCAGCUUAAAUGCCGGAGGACUGAGUCGCCACGAUGGCAGCAGGCACCAGGCUGAGCUUCAGUAACAUCGCCGCCCUGGCUCCGAUGGUCCGGGUGGGGACUCUGCCCAUGAGGCUGCUGGCUCUGGACUACGGAGCCGAUGUGGUUUACUGCGAGGAGCUGAUCGACAUCAAAAUGGCCCAGUGUCAGAGGGUGGUGAACGAGGUGCUGCAGACGGUGGAUUUCGUCGCUCCAGACGACCGCGUGAUGUUCAGGACCUGUGAGAGGGAGAGGGACCGGGUCGUCUUCCAGAUGGGGACCGCUGACCCAGACAGAGCGCUGACCGUGGCCCGGCUCGUGGAGAAGGACGUGGCCGCUGUGGAUGUGAAUAUGGGCUGUCCGAAGGAAUACUCCACUAAGGGCGGGAUGGGGGCCGCUCUUCUGUCGGACCCUGACAAGAUCGAGGCGAUCCUCAGGAAGCUGGUCGCAGGAGUUUCCGUACCGGUGACGUGUAAGAUCCGAAUCCUGCCUUCGUUGGAGGAAACGGUCAGUCUGGUCCAGAGGAUCGAGAAGACCGGCGUCACCGCCGUCGCUGUCCACGGCAGGUUUAAGGAGGAGCGUCCCAGACACCCCGUCCACUGUGACUACAUCCAGGCCGUCGCUCAGGCCGUUUCCAUCCCCGUCAUCGCCAACGGCGGCUCUCUGGAUCUGGUGAAGAGCAACGCCGACAUCGAGGAGUUCAGGAAGGCGACGGGCGCCUCGUCGGUCAUGCUGGCUCGCGCCGCCAUGUGGAAUGCGUCGGUCUUCAGCAGCCAGGGACCACUUCCUGUGGAGAGGGUCAUGGAGGAAUACCUCAAAUAUGCAAUCCGGUACGACAACCACGCCUUCAACACAAAGUACUGUCUGUGUCAGAUGCUGAGAGACAAGGUGGAGUCUCCUCUGGGGAAGCAGGUGCAGGCGGCUCAGACCAAUGCUGAGAUCAGCGAGGCGUACGGGCUGCGGGAGUUUUUCCAGCAGACUCAGGAGCAGCUGCGGUCCAGGAGAGACGCCCUGCAGAGCGGCAGCCAGCCGGACCGACCCGUCCUGGACGGAGACGUCACCACCAUGGCCGUCAAGUUUGAACGGAGGGAGUAUCCUCCUCAGAUCACACCGAAGAUGUUCCUGCUGGAGUGGAGCCGCAGAGAGAAACUGGAGCAGCCGCUGUACGAGACGGUGCAGCGCUCGCAGGACCGAGCCUUUCAGUCGACUGUGACCGUGGGAGAGAAGAAAUACAGAUCUUCACUGUGGGAGAAGUCGAAGAAAUUUGCAGAGCAAGCGGCCGCCAUCGUCUGCCUGCGAGUUCUGGGGAUACCGGAGGGUCGCAUCGGCGAGGAAGACUCCGGCCUGGUCUGCAAGAGGAAGAGGGAGGGGAAGACGAACGGCGCCACGGAGGAGGAAGGAAGCAGGAAGCGACAUGUAGCCGAUAUCCACCAGGAAACAGAAACCUCAGAGAGCCCAGUGGUGGCAAACGGUGACCAUCACAAACCGGACACACCUCCGGAACAACCGUAGAUCACUUCCUGUUAGGACGUCUAAGAUAUCUGAAAAACAAACACUAAAUUUAGGUAAUCUGCUCUUAAACCCAACCGGCAGCUGCUCGAUUCUGCCUUUUUUUACUUUCAUCGCUUCAUUUAAAGCAGUUUUUUUGGGGGGGGAGGGUCUGCCCAGUGCAAAUGCAGUCUUCCGCUGGACCCUCUGGGAGAGAGUUCAUCCCUCCUAAUUUUCCAAAAAUAGCAAGAUGCAUGAAAUCCCUGUUUUACCCCGAAGAGGUCCUGAUGUGGAUUUGCAGCCAGCAGGGGGCAGUGCCGAACUCUCAGAUUACAGUGUCAUCAUCUCAGUUUUUAUUUCACAGAAAAACGUGUUUGAAUUUUAACCCUGGUGCCUUACAGAGCAGCUUCUGUUGUUGUUGUUUUUUUGUUUCUUUCAAUCCUGACUUUUGGAUGGGCCUUAAACUCCUCAUUUGUCUCCUGACUUCAUCCUUUAGUCUCUGCUGAAGACGCCUGAUGUUGGAUUUAAUGAGUUUGUCUCUCUGUCGUCAUCGCCGCUCACUUAUGGUGCCAGAUGUUUUGUAUUGUGAUUUCAUCCUCCUCCGUUUUUCGUUUUGUUAAAGUUUUGAGGUGAUAAAUCUUCCAGAUCCUCCGGACAGUGCUGGUUUCGUUUUCCCGGGAUAAGCCGGGUACCAUUUUAUCUUUUUAUUUUCACGUAGAUUUACAGAAAGGACUAAAACCACCAGUGGAUUUCUCCCACUAACAGAUGCUGUCAGCGCAGCUGCAGCCUCAUGAAGCUGAUUCCUCACCGCAAACUCUUAAAACCAAAAAAACCAGCCCGAGUGCUGCGUUCAGGCAACACGUUCCUUCACUAUGAGGAACCAGGCCGGUGAGAAGAUGUUGAUAGAAGGAUAAACAACCACCGGGCUUGUCCUUGGCUUUAUGUUCAAUAAGACUUGAAGUCCUGAGUUGAACCUGAGGGAUGGAGUUACCCGCCACUGGCGUCAUCACCGGGCUGAGUGAUGGUGCCUUCAUGGGCACCGGGAAAUGCAGCACUCACGAUACAGUUGUGGGCACGGAGAGGAACCCACAGAGCCGUACUGCAGCACUGUGUGAAACCAUGCGUCGCAUGCAACUCUUGAAAUCGCAGGAGGAUUCAAAUUAAAGUCAUCGCCGUUAAAACCCAGCAGAGGGCUUAAAAAUUACAGACCAAUUUUUGGGUCGGGGAUUAGUUUUGUUUUUGUCGUUUCUCCACAAGCCUCGGUGCGAACAUGCCAAAGCAAAGCGCGACCGGUAAAACUUUGCUGAUCUCAUGCAGGAAAUGAAAGUGUGACAGCAGCAGAAGGAAGUACACAGACAUAAUAAUUCUGUUUCUUUAUUCUGUCUUUAAAUGAUGAAUUAAAAAUUGA